AUGGACAGAAGAAAUCAGACUAUAAUUGAUGAGUUCAUUUUCUUGGGACUCACAAAUCAACAAGAUCUGCAGGUCGUCCUCUUCAUGGUGUUCCUAAUGUUCUUUGUGACCACCCUGGUGGGGAAUCUUGGGAUGAUCAUAUUAAUCAGCAUUGACUCCCGGCUUCACACCCCCAUGUACUUUUUCCUCUGCCACUUGUCUCUGAUAGACCUUGGUUGUUCUUCGUCUGUUGCUCCCAAGAUGAUGGUUAAUUUCUUAGCAGAACGAAAAACCAUCUCUUAUUCUGGGUGCACAACACAAAUGUUCUUUUUUGGCUUUUGCAUACUUGCUGACUGUUAUUUCCUGGCUGUGAUGGCGUACGACCGCUACGUGGCCAUCUGUAACCCACUACUCUAUAGGGUUGUCAUGUCCCAAAGAGUCUGUGUCCAUCUAGCUGGGGGGUCCUAUGCAGUGGCCAUUGUACUUACAUCAGUGCACGUUGGCUCAGUGUUCAGUUUACAAUUCUGCUCCAACACUAUCAAUCACUUCUUCUGUGACAUCCCCCCAAUCCUGAAACUCUCCUGCUCCAGUACCGACAUCAACGAGCUUGUGCUGUUUGCCUUAGGUAUCUUUGCUGGACUCAGCACCCUGAUCUUCAUUCUUAUCUCCUACCUAUACAUCCUCUCAUCCAUCCUGAGAAUCCGUUCCGCUCAGGGCAGGCAGAAAGCCUUCUCCACUUGCACCUCCCACCUGACAGCUAUCACUUUAUUCUACGGCACUAUGAUCUUCAUGUAUCUACGGCCCACUUCCAGUUACCGCUUGGACCAAGAUAAACUGGUCUCACUCUUCUACACGGUGGUGAUCCCCAUGCUAAACCCCCUGAUCUACAGCCUGAGGAACAAGGAGGUGAAGGAUGCGGCAAGGAGAAUUAUAGGGAGAACUUUCCACUCCUCUGCGAAAAGUAGAGGGGCAGCACGAUUUAAUGGAUCAAACAUAUGUUUAGAAACAAGGACAUCUUGA